CGCGGCCGCAUGACAGUCUGCGCCUGGUCGUCGCUGAGGAACGUGCUGUGAACACUGUAGAGUAGACGUGGAGUGGCCAGUGUGGAGCACAGUGAGAGUAGCGCGAACAGUGGUCGGCCAGGAGAGCAAGCGGCAGCUGUGAGUUCAGUGCUGCCGGAGGAGCAGUGUAGUGUCGCGGGGCGCGCCUCCCCCUCCCCCUUGCGCCUCUCAUUUCCAUAUGGGCGCCCCCGCGGGGAGGUGGCGGUGGUGGGCCAGCCCGCGCAUACUCGCCGCCACAUUUACCUACUAAUUCUCGCCGAGGCGUCAUUACGAUGUGCAGACGGUGGGUGGCGGCCACGGAGGUCCCACGCUAGUGAUACUUGUGCAUGUGGAGUGGUGGAUGUAGCCGCUCAGUGUGGUGUUGUGGCACAUGGUGCUAGUGACGCCCGCACCACGUGCAGCCUACCCUGUGGCACGGCCGGGCACGGGGGCCAGGCCCACUUUACCUAUCAAGACGACACUACCUUCUACCAGCCCAGCAAGUGUUAGCAGCAGGGGGGCGUUCUGCUCACGUGCCCAGGCCAGCGGCUGCUCGAGCAUGAGGCACGGCCAGCCGAGGGACGAUGUGGACCUCAGAUGGUGCGUGGAGGUUAAGGGCUGUGACUAGUGGAGGCGCCGUGUCCGUGCCGCCAUGCCCGGAGAGGAGCGGGGAGAGCAACCUCUGAAGGGAUGCCCCCCGGCCACCCCACACCCUCCCGCUGACCCUCUCGACGACCCCAGCCGCCCUCAGCAACAACAAGCACCCCCAGAAAUGAGUCCCGAGGACGCUCCCUCUACCUCCCCCCUGGCGGGCGAGGAGGGCCCCGGACCCAUGCCUCAGCAGGGACCUAAUGCCACCUCCUCGUCGUCGUCGGCACCGUCGUCGUCGCCCCCCGCGACGUUCAACCUGACGUGCAUGACGUGCCAUACACACUUUACGUCGGCGGAGCAGUACACGCGGCACCACUGCGUGGCCUCCUCCGCCACCCAGGACACGCUGAACGAGUCCUCCAGCGACGUAGAGAAAUUUGAUGGCAAAAUCGUGUACAAUCCUGACGGGUCGGCGUACAUCAUCGACUCGGAGGUGAGCGACGACGAGGGCGUGGCGGGGCUGGAGCUGCCGCGGCACGAGGGCUCCAUCGUGGAUUCCCCGCGACACCCUCUCUCCUCCACCGCAGCACCCACCAUCCCCACCAUCGCCAACGCCAUAUACGUCACCAAGAACCCCGCCUUCUAUACCGCCCUAUACGGUCAAACCUUCACCUCGCUAAUCCAGGAAAACAAAGUUCCUGAAGUUCCCAUUGUUCACAACUACAGGGUCUUUACCGUUGGUGAUAAAGACAGUGAAAAUGAAUGUAAAGACAGUGAUAGCAAAAAUGAUAGUUCCAGUGAGAAAACAAAACUUCCAUUAUUAGACUACUCGCAAGUUCCAAUUAAACCUAUAUUGAUGUGUUUUGUAUGUAAGUUGUCUUUUGGAUAUGUUAGAUCUUUUAUGGCCCAUGCGAUGGGCGACCAUAGUAUAGUGCUCCUUGACGAGGAGAGAGAACUGCUGGCGGCCAAGAACGCCUCGGCCAUCAUCCAGUGCGCGGGUCGGGAGAAGGAGCCGCGAGUGUCGUUCCUAGAGCCAGUGACGCCUCCCGGUGCCAGCAGCGGCAGCGGCAGUGCAAACAACUGCAGCAGCAGCAGCGGCACCCAACACGGGGGCGCCCUGGCCACCCUGCUGCCCUCCGGGGCCCCCAGCGGCACCUCCCCCAGCCCGCAGCCCUCACCUGAGAAGGCUACGCACAACAACGACGCCCAUCAUGACACCACUGCUGAGGACGAGCGUAAAAUGUCUGAUUUUUAUGAUCUCGUCCGCCGACAGCAGGAACAGCACCAACAGCAACAGCAGCAGCUUCAGCAGCAGCAGCAACAACAACAACAGCAGCAGCAACAACAACAACAGCAACAGCAGCAGCAGCAACAACAACAACAACAGCAGCAACAACAGCAACAGCAACAACAGCAGCAUCAUCAUCAGCAGCAGCAACAACAUCAAGCACUGCGCGCUGACCCGUUCGCCACCCCUCAUCCUGCCGCUGCACGAACACCAGAUAUCAGUCGGAAGUCACCCAUUUCUGUUCUCGGCGCCAACGGGCGGGCUUCGUUGUCCCCUGUGACAACCAUGUCACCCACGAGCUUUUCUCCCCUGCAGUCCCCUGUGGCACAGCUCACCGGCACCAUCAUUGGUGCCUGCCCAGAACAUAUGAAUGGCCGGCCACAGGGCGUCACUUGCGACAAGUGUGACAUGAUCCUGCAACAAUCUCGCCAGCUAAGUGGACAGAUGGCCUUCAUGCACUCCCGGAACUCAUGCAAGACGUUGAAGUGUCCAAAAUGCAAUUGGCACUAUAAGUACCAGGAGACGCUGGAGAUCCACAUGAAGGAGAAACACCCAGAGAAUGAAUCCACCUGCAUCUACUGCCUCACCAACCAGGCACAUCCUCGCCUCGCCCGCGGUGAGACCUACACCUGUGGCUACAAGCCGUACCGCUGCGAGGUCUGCAACUAUUCCACCACCACCAAAGGCAACCUCUCCAUACACAUGCAGAGCGACAAACAUCUCAACAAUAUGCAGGAGUUGCAAAAUGGCGGGAUGCCCAACAUGGACGCCUCGCAGGCACUAACGUCUCAGCAACAGAGUCCCUCAGGGAGCAUCUACUCGGCCCCCAAAACGCCUACUCCAUCCACCACCCCGGCGCCCACGCAGCAACAAAAACCGAAGCCUGUCUGGCGCUGCGACGUCUGCAGCUACGAGACUAAUGUUGCUCGGAAUCUCCGUAUCCACAUGACCAGCGAGAAGCACACGCACAACAUGAUGGUGCUGCAGCAGAACGUCAAGCACAUGCAGCAGCUGAGCGCCUUGCAAGGUGGGGGUGGAGGCGGAGGUGGGAGCCAGUUGGACACCAUGGCCCUCCUUCAGUACGCCGGCAACCCUGCCGCAGCUGCCAUGAUGGCCAGCAUGGGUGUUGGGGAAAAGCCACCCCUUCCAGAAGCAGCCAUAGCUGACCUCGCUUAUAACCAAGCACUCCUCAUUCAGAUGAUGUCCGGGGGCCAAAUGCCACCAGGUAUGAUGGGUCCAGGGGCACCAAUGGGCCCAGGAGGACCUAUGGGUCCGGGAAGUCACCAUGGCCAUGGCGGAGACCAUCCUGGCCCGCACUUUGACAUGGGCCUAAACCCCGAGUCACUGGAGCCGCCCCCGGAGCCUGUACCUGCCAACCCGCGCCACGCCUUCACCUGCUGCGUGUGUUCAGUCUUCUCCACUGACUCCCUGGACCAGCUCAACAUGCACCUCCAGUUCGAUCGUUCCAAAGUAAACGAAAACGAUGUCUUGCUCGUGGUGGCGGGGAAUUACAUAUGCAAGUUGUGCUCAUACAAGACCAACCUGAAGGCCAACUUCCAGCUGCACUGCAAAACAGACAAGCACUUGCAGAAACUGCAGCACGUCAAUCAUAUACUCGAAGGUGGCCCUCGCAACGAGUGGAAAUUAAAGUUCCUGUCCAAUACCACGCCGAUGCACGUGCGCUGCAACCUGUGUGAAUACUACACCAACAGUGUGCACAAGCUGCAGCUGCACGCCGCCCAUCAGCGGCACGAGGUGCUCAACGUGCUGUUUCGUCAUCUGUGUAUGACGGAGCAGAACAUGGCGGAGGACCGGCGGGUGUACACCUGCACACUCUGCAGCUUCAACACUCGCGCCAAGCUGCAAAUGCUGCACCACAUUCGCUCGAUGCGUCACCUGCAGAUGGAGCAAUUGCACCAGAUCCAGCGGCAUGCAGAGGGCAAGGCGGGCACCCAGCAGGACAUCGGCGAUAUAUUCAAAGUAGAGGAAGCAGAGGAAGAGGGACGUCACACACCACCUGAGGAGACGAAAGAAGAACAUACAGGUCGCACACCUGACCAAGUGCACGCCUGUCCUUGCUGCCACUUCACUUGCGACUCGGAAGCAGCCUUGCAGCAGCACGUGUCAGGGGAGCAUGGCGGAGAGAAGAAAGCGGGCUUGAGGUGCCCGCUGUGCGAGGAGGCUUGCCUGGACAUGGCUGCUCUCGAGAAGCACGCUAUCAACAUCCACUCUGCCAAUCCUGAAGGCCUGCAGCGCCUCAUGCUGCUUGUGAAGCUCAGCGAUGCCUCAAAUAAAGCCGACGAAGAGGACGAACAACAACCGAAUCAGAGUGAACAGAAUCAGAGGGUGCAGGAAUCGAUGAAUCAGCGGCAGUCAAUCAAGCAGGAAGAGAGCCAUGCGUCAAGUGGUGCAGGUAAGCGAGUUGAGGAGCGGGGCGCGAGCCGGGAGCAGGAGGAGUGUGGUGUGUGUGGGCUGGCCUGUUCCUCCAUCGACGAGUUAGUGACCCACCAAAUGGCCGUGGGUCACACUCCCAUCGCUGAGACCCCACGCGGUCCUGGUUACUUAUGCUGGAAAAAAGGCUGCAACCAGUAUUUUCCCUCAGCCCAGGCGCUGCAUAGUCACUUCCGGGAGAUCCAUGGGGCCGCCCCUCAGCCCUCAGUGGCAGUAUCAGAGCGCCAUGUUUACAAGUACCGCUGCCAGCAGUGUUCACUCGCGUUUAAGACUGUUGAGAAACUGCAACUGCACGCUCAGUACCAUGCCAUCCGAGACGCUACCAAGUGUUUGCUGUGUCACAGAAACUUUCGUUCUUUGGCGGCGCUGCAGAAACAUGUCAUCUCUGAUCACCCCGAGUUGACAGCUGCAGAGCGGCAGCAGUUUCAAGCGUCCAUCGUCGGGGCUCCUGUAGGGGCAGGUGCAGGGCCAGUUCUUGACCCCAACACCACAGCGCUGCUCCGCCAGGAGUCAAACAAGGGAGACGAAAUUGAGGAGGUAGCACGAGGGCCAGAGGAAGCGCCUCUCCCGCCACAGCAGCAGGCUAUCGAAGAUUACCUCAACUCUGACACAAUGGCGCUGGACAACUACUGCGACCCGGCAAGACGCUACAAGUGUCACCGGUGCCGCGUGGCCUUCACCAGGCAAAGCUACCUCACCGCACACCAAAAGACAUUGCUUCACCGCCGCGGUGAGAAACUUACUUAUCCAAUGGAGAAAUACCUCGAUCCUAAUAGACCUUAUAAAUGUGACGUCUGUAAAGAAUCAUUUACGCAGAAAAAUAUUUUAUUGGUGCACUAUAAUUCUGUAAGUCAUUUGCACAAGCUUAAAAAAGCAAUGCAAGAUAAAGAGACCAAAGCAUCUUAUAGUAACAAUAUCCAGACCCAGUCUGAGGCAAGUAGCUCUGAGGAGAGAACCCACCCCAAGGGGGACGGCCAAGCCGGUCCCCCGCGAACCCCCUCCACCAGCGAGGAGGAGGAACGCAACAAACCGUACAGGUGUCACGUGUGUCGCGUAGCGUAUUCCCAACAGUCCACCCUCGAUAUCCACCUCCGCUCUGUGCUCCAUCAGACUCGUUCUGCCCGUCUCUCAGAGUUUCUUCCCACCAACACGUACCUUGAUCCCCAACGCCCACUUGCUGAUCAGCAAUCCCCUCCCACUUCCACCUCACAACCUUCAUCAACCCCCCAGCAAGAGACACGCACCUCUUGUUCUCCCUCUAACUCCCAGAGCACUCCCUCCGUGUCACACCGACAGAGUGUUUCUCCCUCCGGUAGUGGCGGCAGCGUCCAGGGAAGCUGCGGGCGCUGUGGUUGCGUAUGGAACACAAUGGAGCAGGCUGCACAGCAUGCUUUGCUGUGCAGCCUUCUUCCCCCCAACAUGAACUUCCCUUCGCAAGCCAGCAACAAUAACAGUAGCAACAUAAGUCCGUCAGCUACCCUGGACGCCGCCUGGGCCGCGUUUUGUGGCGCCUCCCUCCUGCUCCCGACUCAGCCCCACGAUCGCUCUCUCUCUCCAUCUGAAUGUUCCAUAGAAUCUCUCUCUACCUCUAGAGUCACUGUACCUUUCAGAAAGUCUUCACGCCUACACAAGCACUUAUUAGAGAGCUUUGGCUUUGAUCUAGUUGUUCAUUAUAUUGAAAAUCAGCAACCUUGUCCUUCAAAAGACCCUGAUGAAGGGGCUUCUGAGGACCCUAAAGACAAACCCAAUUCUAGCUUACCUGAAUUAAGUAAAUCUAAAUGUCCUAAAUGUUUUAAAAAGUUUUCUAGUGUAUGGGUUUUAAAAGCCCACUUAGAAGAAAUCCACCAGUCUUAUGUACCUUUUGAUAUACUUAAGAAAUUCUCUGAUGAGUACCGUAAAGAGUACAACACUAGUCGGCACUGCUCUAGCAGCGAUCCCUCUGCUCUUACAGAUGAGGAGCGAGGCCGGGACGCGGAGGUCGUCCAGGGGGGAGAGAAGGGGACUUCAGAUGAGAGAGAGAAAGAGGCAGAGUCAGGCAGCAGGAACGACGCCGCGGCCACGCCCACCUCUCGUGCCACGCCCACACCUGGUGCUACGCCCACCUCCACUGCCUUCACCUCCUCCGCUGCUGAUCACCAGGGUAUGAAUGUGCCGCCUCAAGUGGCUGAGAUGGCAGCUGCACUGAAUGCUUUGACUGCUGCACAAAUGCAACAAAUGCAGUUCAAUCCCAUGAUGAUGGCAGGGCUGGGGCUGGCGGCGGGACUGCCCCUGCCACUCAACCCCUUGGCUGCCAUGAACCUCCAUCCCCCGUUGGCCCCCAUGCUGCCUCCACACAUGUUCGACCCCAUGGCCAUGGCCUCCAUGCAGCAGCAGCAGGGGCCACCGACCUCAGGCCCGGGCCCUGUACCUAACGAACCUCUGUAUCUCAAGCAGCAACAGCAUCAGAUGUUUCAGCAGCAGCAGCAGCAGCAACAACAACAACAGGCAGCUGCGGCUGCAGCUGCUGCAGCUGCUGCUGCCGCUGCUGCUGCUCAACAGAAGAGGGCCAGAACGAGAAUUACAGACGACCAGCUGAAGAUUCUGCGUGGCCACUUUGACAUCAACAACUCCCCCACGGAGGAGCAGAUCAACGAGAUGGCGAAACAGAGUGGGCUGCCUCCCAAGGUAAUUAAGCACUGGUUCCGCAACACACUCUUCAAGGAGCGACAACGCAGCAAAGACUCGCCAUAUAACUUUAGCAUCCCGCCGUCCACCACGCUUAACCUGGAGGAGUACGAAAAGACAGGUGAGGCCAAGGUGAUGCCGCUCAACCCGGAAGAGGCUCGCGAGAUAGUAGCAAUCAACAGCACGCGAGAGGAAGAGAGAGCUGCGGAGCACGUAAUCAAGGAAGAGCAGGCCUCUGACCGCAUCGCAGCCGUGUCCCCGCACAACAAAGUUCCUAGUCUUAAUCAAGACAAUAGCCGAGUACAAGAAAAGAAUGGGGAUGGCUUAGGUGGGUCAACGGAUCUUGCUAACCAACAGCAGCUCCAUUCACAGCAGCUCCCAGCGCCGCCGCAACAGUCGGAGAAGCACCAGCUGGACCAGAAGCCUCUGCUGCCGCCACACCAUCCCCAGCAGCAGCAACACCCCCAGCAGCAGCCGCAGGUGAGCAGUGGACCUCAGUUGGUAUCCUCGGCGUCAUCAUCCCCUCUGGGAUUGACAGCCACCUCAUCGUUCUCGAGUCUCACCUCUCCACAGUCGUCAUUGUCGCUCACCUCACUCAUUACCUCUCAGUUCGAGACCAAUCCCAUGCUGGCCCACAAGCUGCCUCACACACCACCCACAGUUCCUAGUUCUGGCCUUAUACCCCCGAGCUCAGGUGUGAGCCCCACGCCGCCCCAUCUGUCCUUCCCAACAACGCCGCUCUCCAAUCCCCACACACCUACUUCUUCCUCCUCCGGGUCAGGCAAGAGAGCCAACCGCACCCGUUUCACCGACUACCAGAUCAAGGUGCUACAAGAGUUCUUCGAGAACAACGCGUACCCAAAGGACGAUGAUUUAGAGUACUUGUCCAAGCUGCUCAACCUCUCCCCGCGCGUCAUUGUCGUGUGGUUCCAAAACGCCCGUCAGAAGGCACGCAAGGUGUAUGAGAAUCAGCCGCCCCUCGAUCCCAAUGAUGAGGGCGCGGGAAGGUUCACGCGGACGCCUGGCCUCAACUAUCAGUGUAAGAAGUGCUUGCUUGUCUUCCAGAGGUACUAUGAGCUUAUCAGACACCAGAAGACUCAUUGCUUCAAGGAAGAAGAUGCAAAGCGCUCUGCUCAGGCCCAAGCAGCGGCGGCCCAAGCGGCAGCUCUCUAUAAUGAUGAAAACUCCAACCACUCCAGCAUCACCGACUCGUCUCAGCAGUCAGGUGGACUAGAUAACAAAAGCACGGAGAGCACCUUGCAGUGUGAUAAAUGCAGCCUGGUCUUCAACAGGUUUGAGCAGUGGCGUGAACACCAAAUUGUUCACCUCAUGAAUCCCGCUUUGUUUCUAAACAAAGGUGCUGAAUCUCCAUUUACUAACCUACAACAACAGCAGCAGUCACAGCCUUCACAACAACAGCACCAGCCGCCCACCUCCGUCCCCCAGCCUCAACCCAGUCCCCUCCUUCCCCCUGCCUCCCCUCUCAAGCGCAAGGCUGAGGAGAGCGAAGAUGAGAGGGAAAGUAUGGCCGGGACGAAUGAGGGCCAGAGGGACAAGCGGCUGCGCACCACCAUCCUGCCGGAACAGCUGGACUACCUCUACCAGAAGUACCAGAUGGAGGCCAACCCUUCGAGGAAGAUGCUUGAGACCAUCGCUCAGGAGGUGGGUCUCAAGAAGAGGGUCGUCCAAGUCUGGUUCCAGAAUACUCGAGCGAGAGAAAGAAAAGGUCAGUUUAGAGCUCAUGCACAAGUGAUAAACAAAAAAUGUCCUUUCUGUCCUGCUAUCUUUAAAGUCAAGUCAGCUCUUGAAUCGCACCUUUCUACUAAGCACGCGGAUCAGUACUCUAAGGGAGAUGUGGACAUUGAUGCACUGCCUGAUGUAGAAGACUCUGGUGUUGGGAACUUCGGCCUGUCUUCAACUCCUUCUGCAACUCCAACCUCUCAAGUGAUGCACUCUUCUCUCUUCUCCUCCCCAGAAGUUCCGGAAGACUCGAUAGCCAUGUACCACGAGGAGGCAAUGCGGCGUUACCUGAAUGAUGUCACCUUGUCCUCAGACGGUACCAGGCGGGAAGGUGAGAGUCCACUUGACCUAAGUAAACCUCUAGACUUGGUGCGGCCGUUGGGGUUUGACUCAUCUCUCUUGGAAACAACUAACGAGCACAUUGAUGAUCAUUCAGAUGAGGACAGUUAUCAUCUAUAUAUUUCUGAACAAGAUGAGGGAGAUACGGGAUUAAACUCUCACGAGAGUAAUCCUACUUCACCAGCGUCCUCCACUACCAGUCCGGCCAACAAACAACCCGGGCAACUGCAAAACACACCCAGCAAGCGAUUCCGCACCCAGAUGUCGGCCAUUCAAGUCAAGAUCAUGAAAAGUGUGUUCCAGGAUUACAAAACACCCACGAUGGCCGAGUGUGAGUUGCUGGGGCGGGAGAUAGGACUGGUCAAGCGAGUGGUACAGGUGUGGUUCCAGAACGCGCGAGCGAAGGAAAAGAAAGCCAAGCUGGCGCUGCAGAAGAUGCUUGGCACGGAGCCCGAGACGCCAAAGCCCCCGGAGGAGUGCAAAGUGUGUAAUUUUAAGUACAGUCAUAAGUACUCUAUUCAGGACCAUUUGUUUACACGCUCACAUAUCGAAAACAUGAAAAUGUUUCUGGAAAAGGUGAAGGACGAGAGCGACUCGGCAGGCAUGAACACCAGCCUCAGUUCCAUGUCAGUCGACGUCGACCGGCCGCCCGCGUCCAUGACGCCUGCGGCUGGCCUGGCGCACCAGCUGCAGAUGGCACAGCAUCUAAUGGCGCUUGGGUCCCCUCCCUCUGCUGUCUGUGGUGCUGCCGGCGAAGAUAAGAAGGGCGGCCCUGGCGGCAGCAGCACCGACGACCUGAGUCGCCUGCAGCUGCUGCAGCAGAUGUACCAGCAGAUGGGUCUCGGGGGGCUGCAGGGGGCGCCGCACCCACUCCUUCAGCACGCCAUGAUGGCCGGCGCCGGUGAGUAGCGGUCCCCCUCCCUCCCACUACUGUCCGCACCCGCUGCCCGUCCCGCCCGCACACCACCCAGCGCCGCCCGCACGUUACCCUACCCCGCUCCCCCCGGCCACGCCUGUCAGGGGACCACUACUCCUACACCUGCUCACGCUCACUGCGCCCCCGCCACCCAGGCUCGGCCAUGCUGGCCCGCCGUUAAUAUCAUUGGGCCCGUCUGGCUAGCGAGCAGCAGCAGCAGCAGCAGACCCCAGGCAGGCCUGGCCGGGGCGAGCGUCAGUGUAGCUUGGUCCUGUCACGCUUUAUCCUCCCUGGCAGCGUCACGCUUGUCGGUGUUGCUGCUGCUGGACCAUCCUGUGUUCCAUCUCGCUUGUGCGGACCCGCCUGUAAUCUCCCGUGUAUGUCUCAAGCCCAGGCCCUGGUCGCGCGGGAACACGAAAGUGGUAUACGUGUCCCUGGAGAGACGAGUCUGUUGCUUAAUGUGUGUUGGUUGAUGUUUAACUGAUGGCAAUUUUUUGCAAAGUUACGAAAGUUCCGGAUAUCAGGCCUUACUCUGAGUCUGAGGCCUUACAAGCUUCACUAGAGCUGGUUUUAUGUACUGUUUGUGUAAUCCUCUAGAACAGCGCCACGUUGGUAGAUAAUAGAGUCUAAAACCUACUAAUGGUGAAACACUACAAUACCUCGCAUCAAAGCAUAUGAAUUGAGUGUACCCUAAAGUUAAAAAGGAUUACUCGCGCACCAGAUUAAUGCUGUAUACUAACUUACUAGAUAAUGUUCCUACCACUUUUUAUGCUAAUCACGUGAUGAAUGUUUCAAAACGCAUAAUUAUUAUUUUCACUAAUAUUAGCGUUAUAAUGAAAUCCAAAACAAUCAGUAGCAGAUUUCUAAGCCUACAAAAAACUUGUUUACUAUUACAUUUGAUUAUCAUAUAACUGUAAAACUGAAUAGCUUUUACAUUAGUUCUGCUUAUAGAAAUGGUAUCUAGGCUUUAGCGUGCAAACCCUCACCUUCCCCCCUCCCCCCCCUCACACACUAACCUCACUACGAGCGACCCGGAUUCUCGGCUGCCGCUCUCGGGGCUCUUCUGAACUUUUUUAAACGAAUUCACAAAAACCUACAAAAUUCACUAAUAUUAAAUACAAGUACAAGAGAGUUUCCGACUCCGCCUCAACUCGUCCCUCGUGCGGUAGCGAGACUCCGGGCCUGUAGUCAACCCUCUCUGUAUCUACCACAAGCAGCAGGUUCCUGAGAUAACCACGAGUGAUUCAUACAAAACUUGACCAUAGAUUCCUCAUCAGUCUUCCACAGCCAACCGACCCAACUGAAGGUAUUAAGUAAAAACUACUGUUCAAAGUUAAUCUCAUGAUUGACAACCGCUCACAGUACCGACCCUGGAGACUGCCCGGUGGCAGCCCUGCAUGUCAGCUGCCCAGCCACAACAGCCUCUUUGCCAGAAAACUGAGAGGAAGACCACAACACAUUACAUCCCUGAUCCCACACCAUUUGUAAGAUUAGACAAGCUACGGCGAGAGCGUUCGGUGUCUCCCAUGCAAUGUAUGUAUAAUGUACAUUAAUCCAAGGGAAGUAAUAACUGUCAAAUGUAACGUUAUAUACCACUGGGUUGUAGUGUUUGUGAACUCGUAGUGAGUUUGACAACUUUUCUCCUUUGAGAGCUAAGUGAUCUUUGCAAUGCUUCGCAAAAUGGCUUUAAAGGACCGUCACGCUCAGAGCCUCAAAUCAUCCACUACUCGAUGGUCAGGUGACAAACGGAUGAUGACGUAACUUGGCUGGACCAGAACGAACACUACAACCCGGCCUGAUAAAGCCCCCAUACUCUACCUCGCACAUAUUUUGCCGAACGAAGCAAGUAGCUGGUGAGGGAGGAACUGUACCGCCCCUGGCUCUUCCCUGGCAGCCCUUGACAGGCUGUCCGGAAAGGCCGGGCUGCGCAGGUCUCUUAAGCCGAUGCAGCAAGAUGAUAAUGACGUGAAACUAGCGAGGCUGAACCGUGCGUCGCCGCCCGUCCAGGGAAAGCUCGUGGGUGGUGUUGGCUUGAGCAAUAGCCAUUGCCUCGGGCUUACUGACGAAGGUGCGGGCGAAGAAUGACGGCUCAGUGUCGCCAGUUUGACUUCAUUAAUUGUAUGUGUAAGUGUGUUUGUAUGUUUGUAAUUUUCCUGCGUCUAUCACACAGUUCCUUCCAGCUACGACUGGCCUUGUACCAGAGGGUCGUGUCUGUUGCGGAACGACUCGCUAAUUUAAUUGUUGUCCCUUGUAGAUCACAUUGAUAUCAGUCUGACAACACCGGGUGACACCUUGACUUUUUUCUGAUAGGUAGAUAUAACAGCACAGUGUCCGAAGCUGCCGAAAUUCCUGUGUUGUCUGCCCUCACACGGAGAUGGCCCAAGUCCUGGUCCUGCCCCCCGACUCACCGGUGUCCCGCCAUAGUUUACUUUGUCAUAUCACUUGUCUGCGGUUCAGAACCGACGUGUGGAUUGUUUGGUGCUUGAGAACUAUGACGUAAGGAAUCUUAUAAAUGACACAGCUUGGAGACAAGCGCUUUCGGCAGCUUCGGACACGGUGAAUUCAGCAUCAGCAGUGAUUGGUCAGUUCCGGUGGUCCUGCCCGGCUGAAGUUCGCGGCAGCUCCUCGGGCUGGCCAGGCACAGGGCACCAGUAUCUCAGUAAGACACAUUUAUUCAUUUUUUUUUUCUGUUGGAAUAGCAACAAGUUAUCCUGUUUGUUAUGCCUCGCCGCAGCGUGAGGCACUAAGAGUACUGUGGUAACCUUUCAUUUCCCUGUUAAGAUCAACUAUUGUGUUGGGUCGAUCAUUAUUUUCCCAGACUGAAGUUGACCAAUACUUUGUCUUGAAACGGUUCCUCGCUUUUUAUUUGGAAAUUAUUUAUAUAACUGAAAUGAAUCGCAAAGUUCCUAUUUGAAUGUGAAUAUUUGAAAUACUAUUAGUAAUGAUAUAAUAAUAGUAAUAAUAACUGCUCGUACAGCUAGGGCGCCUGUGGAUCUCGCAAUGGUGGUGACUGUCUUGAUAUUACCGUGUAUGUGAGUGUUCCUUAUAUUUUUACAUUAAUAAUAAUUGUUGUAAUCAUUUUAUGGACCACAUCGGUAUGACCCUGUCCACUCUAGGUGAUGAUGGUGUUGCUGAUCUUCGGUAUUUAUCUGGCCUCUCUUUUGUACAUAGUGGUUGGGGCGACCUGCCGUCCCGCCGUGUUACGUUGUACAUUAUCAUUAUAAUUAUUAUUAUUAUUAUAAUUAUUAUAAUUAUUAUUUUCAUGAACACGAGUUUAUAAGCUAAGUCUUAAAUGUCUGUUGUGCUUAUUGUACAGCCUAUCAAGCCUACCCGGUCAAAGAGGCCUUUUAUGUUGUAUAUUAAUUUAGUUUCCUCUGUCAUUUUGAUUCUUCCUUUGUAUAUUCCUUCAUAUAUCAUUUAGUUGAAGAGAGGCAGUUGUGUUUUGUUGUAUAUUACUGAGUUAGAGCCGUUCUGAUUAUUUCCUGUACGUAUGUGGGAAAUUAGUGAUAAUAAAUCUCAGAAAUGAAA